AUGUAUCCGCAACAUGGUGCUCCCAUGGCACCCCCUCAGAAACCGGAAACAUUCAUGCUUUCAAACGAGGCACAGCAAAGCCUUCCUCACGACGCGCAAGUCGCGCUACAGCAAGUGGACAAUUUGAAGUACUUCCUCCUUUCUGCGCCAGUGGACUGGCAACCAGAUCAACUCAUUAGACGGUUCCUACUCCCUACUGGCGACUACAUAUCUUGUGUUCUAUGGAACAAUCUUUUCCACAUCUCGGGUACCGAUAUAGUUCGGUGUCUCGCCUUCAGAUUUCAAGCUUUCGGGCGCCCCGUCAAGAAUUCGAAGAAGUUCGAAGAGGGUAUCUUUUCCGAUCUGCGUAAUCUCAAGGCUGGAACAGAUGCGACACUAGAAGAACCGAAAAGUCCAUUCCUUGAUUUUCUCUAUAAGAACAAUUGCAUUCGAACACAGAAAAAGCAAAAAGUUUUUUACUGGUAUAGCGUUCCGCAUGAUCGGUUGUUCCUCGAUGCUUUGGAACGUGAUUUGAAGCGGGAGAAAAUGGGACAAGAGGCGACUACCGUCGCGGUCAGCGAGCCUGCUUUGUCCUUCGAGUUUGAUUCAUCUCAAUCGUUGUAUGAACAGCUCACAAAGGCACAACAAGCAAACUCAUCAUCGUUUACUGCACACGCAAGUACGACAUAUGGCCAAUCCGCUUCCCCAGUGGUUCGGACCGUUGACGCUAUGCCUCCUCCCCAGAUGGCUCCCCAGAUGGCCCCCCCGACGAUAUCACUCCUCCCGGACGAAUCUGGCAGUCCAGCGAUUUACAACCCGAUCCCCAUGCCCAAUACCCUGGCGCAGAACGUUGUUAAGCGCGAGUUAGAUUAUGGGGCAAUCCAGUAUGAUCGCAAUGGAAUGCCCAUUGCUCGUGUGCAUCAGCGCCAUGCCUCCAUGCCAACUUUCGUCGAGUAUUCGCCGGCACCAUCGUUCGUUUCGUCCCAAUACGAAGAUUACAGCAACCGGGGAUUGUCCUUUGAACCUGUUACGCCUCCACAGCACAGUGUUCCGCUUGGCACUGAACCAGCAUAUAUUGCUAAUGAAGAUACCGGCCUCUAUACCGCUAUCCCUGAGAUCUCUUCUGCUGCUGCAUUCAACCCAAUGUUGCAGCUUCCGCCAUCAAAUCUCGCAAGCGCUCAUUUCCCCACGCCUGCAAGGACAUUUCAUUCAAAUGUAUACUCUGUUCUAGAGGGCUCUCCAACAUACAAGCAACGGCGGCGUCGAUCCUCGAUACCACCGGGCGUUAAUAACCCGAUCGCUACUCCCACUCAUGCUCAAGCGCCGGGACCCUCUCAACCAAUUGCGUAUGCUGCUCAUAAGCCAAGUGAUCUUCGGCGCUCCGUUUCCAGCUCGGUGGCCCCCCUCGCUGAGGUGGAAGAGCCACGUCAUGACUCGUCCCGCCGUAUCAUGAACGGUUAUCCGACGGGCGCCCUUCCGCAGAAGAAUUUGCUACACGAGAUGUCUCGCAAUGGGACGCCACUUUCAAGCCUCGAGGAAAAUCCUGAGCAGAGCGCCAUGCCACUUGCGAAUCCUGAUGAGUUGACAGCACUUCCUAAUGGCGAUGUUCUGGAGACAGGCGCGCAGCACAGUGUGAUGAACAAAGCGGAGCGGUUUGUUCCCGGCCCUGUUCGCCGCGCUCGAAGCGCUACAAUGAUGGAGCUUGGCCCUUAUCCCCAGAAAUCACAUUCAUGCCCUAUCCCAUCAUGUGGGCGACUCUUCAAGAGAUUAGAGCACCUGAAGCGGCAUGUGAGAACCCACACUCAGGAAAGACCCUACCCUUGUCCUUACUGUAACAAAGCCUUUUCGCGCUCUGACAAUCUUGCACAACACCGUCGAAUCCAUGAGGCUCAACAGGAUGGCCAACAACCACUCCAUGCGCAAGACGAGGACCUGGAUAAUGAGGACAACGAACUCGGUUCACAGGAUGAGGGAUCGUCCCCUUCGGAGUCCAUUCCAAGCACCGUGGUGAAUGUCUCCACCGUCACGUCAAUGCCUUCUGCCAUGACCCUGCCUUCUGCCAUGUCUACCAUGAUGGCACCUCACAUGGUUGCUCCGCAACUUCUACAGCAACAGAUGUAG